AUGGUUGCAACUUCAAAGAAAGAACAAGAAAGCAUGGUAAAUUAUGAUGAAAUUGUUCAAACAUAUCUAGACAAACAAUACAGACCUUUCAGUGUCAAUGAUAUUGUUAAUAAUUUAUCAAAAGAAAUUACAAAGAAAACAAUAGUGAUUAAAAGCUUGGAAUCACUAGUUAAACAAAAUAGAAUUGUAGUUAAAAACUUCGGUAAGAUUCAAAUUUAUUGUUGUCUGGAUAAAGAAUUAUCAUCAGAUAUCGAUUUAAAACUUUAUAAUUUGACAAAAUUGACAGAAUUAAGAACAGAAUUAAUUGAAAUCGAUAAAAAAAAAUCAAUCGUCUCUGAAACUUGGAAUAAUUUAGAAAAAGAGCUUAGUAACAAUGAAAUAAUUGAUUAUAAUAAAAAUAAAUUACAAGAAAUUGAAAGUUUGGAAUUUAAAAUUCAUAAUAUUAAACAAUUACAAGAAAAUUCAAAUAUUGAUCAAGUGAAAAUUAAUAAGAUAAUUGAUUUAAACGAUAAAAUUGAAAAAGAUUAUAAAAAAAGAGUUAAAAAUAUGAAAGAUUUGAUGUUAUUAUUAAAAGAUGUGACUCAGUCUAAAAAUAUUGAAGAUUUAUUAGAAAAUAUUGGUGUUGAAAAACUUUAA